ACACACACACACAGACACUGGCCUCAAUGCUAAAAGUUCAUCCAGAUUAUAAAAUCCUCCUCCCCUCCUCCCCUCCAUGUCGAUUUUGUUUUAGAACAAUACUUUGAGAUUCAGCUUGAAUUUAGUUUUGUGAGUUUUCUGGAUUAUCGUGUUCACAGAACAUUUGGAUGAACAAUAAUUACUCCAGUUAUGUUUCUAUAUUUUUUUUAUGGAGUAACUGGAAACUUGGAUCAGUUCAGAUCUGUGUGUGUUUGAUAAGUUGAGCUCGUAGCGCUGCUCUGAAACUCGCUCGCUCCACGUUCAGUAUCUCAACCUGUCGACUCAGCGUAUUUCACUGAACUCACGUCUGCAGAGAGUAAAUGUUGCACAGUUCCCUUUGUCCAGUGAAUUUCAGUGAGCUGGAUGUUAAAGCCUUCAGAUGUCAGAGUCACAUGUUCACUGCGUUCAUUCAAAGCAACAACAGACGUUAUUAUCAGAGUUUAUCUCCAAUAUUCAGCGGGAAACUGGUGAAACAUUUUCUGAGGUUUUCACUGAUUUCCCAGAGAAUAAUUCAUGGAUCUUGAUGAAAAGUCAGACGUGUUGAAAGACUGAUUUCUAUGAGCGAGUGAAAUGUGUUGCAGCUUGAUUGAAUUUAAAGGGUUGGGUCUUGGCGGAGGUAUGAGCUCUGCUGAGGACGCUGGAGUUGCUGUUUGGAGCUGGACCGAGAUUUGCUGUAAAGAUCCUGUUAAGUAGAAUCAACCUGAAGAAGCUGAUCAGCUUCCAUCGCAGACUCUGUUCAGUUCUUUCACAUCUUGGCUGAACGUUGAGCUCAGCUGAGGUCGGAGAAGCAGGGAGAGAAAGUGGAAAAGCAAAAUGCUUUAACCAGAAAAAUGUUCUAAUGAAAGAUCUGCAGGCCAGAAAGCAGGAGGCAGACUCAGGUCACAAGUUCAGAACAUUUCUGUGACUUCACCGAGGAGCUGAGCAGCCAAACCUCAGUCGUCCACUGAGGAAAAACUAAAACCUGUGCUGAACUCUUUCAGUCAUUACACAUCCUGAGUGAGGAAGGUCCCUGAACGCAUCGUCUGACCAUCUCCUUCAUUUGUCAAAGACAAACCAGAAAAUGUCCGGACACUAUUUUUUCAGGACAUUUUCUGGAGUUCACGUCUGAAAACAGCUUUCGACAGUUAAACAUGUUGAAUCCCUGAAGCUUCAGACACGUGGCGUCCACAGGAGUUUUACAGAACCAGAUCUUUUCUCAGUUGAUUGUUAAUGUUUUGCAUCAAUGAGUCUCUGUGAGAGUUUCAUGUUCGUGAAACGAGGCUUUAACUUCCAGAACCAGCGGGUGUCCGGAAUUAUUCUUUCCCUUUACAACUCCAUGGUAUGCUUCAGUGAGUGAUGCAUCAUGGGAGCUGACGAGCGUCUCCUACACAGGCCAAGUCUCAAAUGUUAGUUAACCGCUGCCCACAGACAGUGUUUCCACCACAAUGUCCAAAAAUGGAAAAACAUGCUCGAAACCUGAACUCAAGUAUAAUUAUAGUUUAUGUUUCCUUGUAGAAAAAGUUGUGAGUAACUCAAACUGUUCCCGGUGUCACGCCUGUGUUCAGGUACUGGCUGCAGUCCGGACCUGCUCUUCUUCCUGUGUGCCAUGUACGCUCCCAUCUGCACCAUCGACUUCCAGCACGAGCCCAUCAAACCCUGCAAGGCGGUGUGCGAGCGCGCCAAGACCGGCUGCGAGCCGGUGAUGAAGCGUUACAACCACAGCUGGCCCGACAGCCUGGCCUGCAGCGAGCUGCCGCUGUACGACCGCGGCGUCUGCAUCUCACCUGAGGCCAUCGUCAAGGCCGAGGGUCCAGAUCCGUACUACCAGGACCCAGCCAGGUGUAACCCAGGUCUGACCUUUGACCUCCUCUCAUCGUCUUUGGAAACAA